AUGAUCAAGGAAGUGAGCUCUGGAAUCGCUUUGCCAGAGUUGUUCCGCACUGGCUCUCAUUUCAGCGCUUCCUCCAGUUCGCCGACCUAUUGGAUGCUUGCCGUCGACGACUCUUUCUCUGCGUGGGAUUCUCUGGUAGCCACUCUAUUGAAGAGGAUCGUCCUCUCUUUCCAAGGCAUGGCUCCCACAUCGAAAUCCAUGUUGCUGAAUGGCAAGUUGCUGAUGACACGAGCCUCAUGCAACAACCAGGAGUCCUGCCAGAUAUUGCCAAUGAACAUCCUGCGGCAACACCUCAAGAUCAGGCAACAACCAAGGCCCACAGAAACUGCAGCCAACCGCUCCACCAGAGCUCCAGUUUUGCUCCAACUGGCGAGCUUGGUGAAGUUUGGUGAUAUUGAAGAACUACAAGAAGAUGGUGAAGCGGACCAACCUCUGACCCAAGGAGGGCCUACGGUGGCUUUGCGUCUACGCUCUGGCUGCAGUUCUCUUCAAGUUCCUACCUUCAUUGAAUGCCAUGCCCCAGGAACUGAGGAGGAUAUACGGAAUGAACUCCUGCUUUUUGGUUUGCGAUGCAUGGUUUUCAAAUUUGGUCUGCAUGAAGAGGCCCUUUGUCUUCCGGAUGGGUGGGCUGCUGAAGAAGGACAGUUCCACUACAUGCUUUGCCAUGAUGAUCCUCUGGAUUUACAGGGAACGAUCCUACAUACAGCGUCACAGCCACUAGAUGACUUGGCACUCAUGCAGGUUCUUCACCAAAUGGGCUACUGCCGUGCUGCAGUACUAGACACGACGGCGUUGCUUCCACAACUCACCAGAAUCACUUUCAUUGAUGUUGUUCAACAAGCAGCUGCAAUUGACCACCAGUGUAAGACACCGCCUCCAUGGCCCAAGAAAUUGAUGUCUGGAAGACACAACACCGCGAUCUUCCUGGGUGAGUCUGCUGAAACCCAACAGAAUGAUUUUCUCCUCAUGCUGGGGCUCUCCAUCGAAGACUUGCAUGCCUUCUUCACAUCGGGGGAUGCCAUACUAUGUCGAGACCCCACUGGGUAUGAGUUUCCAGAGACCACUCAACAGGUCAUGCAGAUCAGCGACACCACUGACUUGGCGCAGUUUGAUCGCAUCAUUAUCUACACUGUGCGCAUCGAGAUCAUUGGUUGGCUCACACAUCCUGUGAGAUACGAAGCCUCAUGCUCCUCCUUUCUGGGCUCAACCUAUGUUGGAUCCCUGGGUGCGGAACGUGAAGCAAUGACAUGGGCCGCCCUUUGGCGGCUCUCGCAAAACAUCAACACUCCCACUCUGUUCAGGUCAGAUUCAUGGACCACAGUGAUGCAAGCACAAGGACUUGUGGGCACAGCUGCCGUUGAUGGUGCUUUCACCGCUCUAAGCAGCAGCUUUCAAGCUCUUGAAGCAGCACUACAAGAACGUUUGGAGGUGGCUCAUAUUCCUGGACAUUGUGGUGAUCCUUACAACGACUUGGCAGAUUGGCUGGUGAAAUCUGAAAGGGCUCGUAGCUUUUACUACAAACGUCAAGCUAUCUCCAUGAGCACAUGGCGACCUUUUUUGCCAUACUUUUGGAUGAUUUUCAGCCAAUCAGAUGGACUGCCUCAAUGGAAUGCUGCAGGUUUUCAUGUUCCUCCGCCUGAACUGCCAUUGGCUUCUGAAGGUCUAUUGACCUCAGACAAGAUGACCUCGAGCAACACCAUGAUUGCACAGAUCCAUCUCAGCCUUGCCAGUGCCAACAUUGGCUCCAUGUACAAUGGUGAGUUUGGCCAUGCAGGUCAGCAGGUCCUCCGUUUUGCUGGAGGUGCACAAGAUGGUUGCCUGGGGAUUGAAUUUUGGGUCAACCUUGAACAACCGUAUGCAGAGACUUCACUUGGUCCUGCUUACUUCGCUCCUCAGCACUUUGUUGUGGUCUACCAUGAUCCGCGCUGUAUGCUCAUUGAUGUGACCACCGAGUGGAUUGAUUGCUGGAUUGUUGUUGGCCAUGCCCCACAGAGUGGUACCCCUCUUUCUGAAAGGGCCAAAUGGUGGGAACAUCUCUCCGAGGUCAUUGCGGUUUGCCCUUCAGAUGCAAGACUCUUUGCACUUCUGGAUGCAAAUGCGAGCCCUGGACCUGCUGAUCAGAUCACUGUAUUCAGCACACUAGGAGGGGAAUCGUCUGGCACUCCAUUGUUGCGGAACUUCCUUGUGGACCACGCUAUGUGUCUGCCGUGCACAUCACCAUGCCAUGUUGGUCGCCAUGACACCUGGACCACCCCGGAUGGCUUGAAAGAACACAUCAUUGAUUAUAUUGUGAUUCCUCAAGCAUGCCUGCGGGAGUGCUCCCUUAGUCGUGUCGUGGAUGAAUUUGACCUCGGCAACAGUCACUUUGAUCAUUUAGCAGUCGCACUACAGAUGCAUUGGCAAGAGCAAGGACACCCUGAAAACCAUCUUAAGACACGACUCCCCGGCAAGAUUGACAUCCAGAACCUACAGGAAAGGCAUGUCAGGAAUGCCCUCCAUGACUAUGAGGUUCUUCCUUGGAAGGCCGACGUUGAUGCGCAAGUUCAUCACUUCAACAACCACCUUCUUGGAGAAUUGCGCUCACAAUGUCCAGCCAAGCCAAGUCAGCCCAAGAAGCCCUGCAUUGAUGAUGCCACCUGGAACUUUCGUAUGCAGAAGCUCAUCGCUCGACGUGGACUCCGUCAAAUUUCCAAUCGUCAUCGACAAGAACUUCUACGGUUUUGCUUCAAGGCUUGGUUCCAACCGCACGAGGCAAACCAUAAGCAGUUCUGGCACUAUCGUCAGUGGCUUUAUUGUGUCAACGUGAAGAUUCUUGCCCGACACCAAAUUGCUGCCAGACAACUCAAGGGUCGCUUGAAAGCCCGAAAGACGGAUCAUCUUAAAAAGGUCUUUGAGACCCUGCACCCUGAUGCUCCAGCCUCAGCAGUUUUGCAUGAGCUCAAGAAGGUGAUUGGCUCGACGAACCUCAAGCAGGUCAAACAGCAGACACUGCCUAUGAUUCGAGAUCAACAUGGCCACGUAUGUACCACGCCUGAUCAGGCCGUGGAUGCGUGGAUUCAUUUCUUCCGAAAUAUGGAAGGAGGUCGAAGAAUUCAAGUUCCUGAACAACGUCGUGUCUGGAUCCAGAAUCUUCGUGCCUUUCGAGCUGACUCCCUGAAUAUUGAUGUCAAGGAGGUCCAAUCAUCGAGUGUGCUCAUUUCGUCCCAUGUGGGCAAAUCAUUACAUCGCUGCUUACGGCUACAUUCUGCUGAUGCCUUCGAGCACUAUUUGCAGACCCAACAGACAGGAGGCAAACGUGGCAUUUCCGUGACUCUUGGAGUUCAUCAAGCUCGGGCGUAUUUGCGCUCCAGGCUCCAGCAAGGGAAGAGCACGGGAUUAUUGUUCCUUGACCUCACCGAAGCUUUCUAUCGCGUUGUGCGUGAGCUCGCUUUGGGAGGGCCCCCCAGCGACGAAGCAAUCGCUGCUGUAGGCGCUCGUCUUCAGCUUGACACUGAUCUUCUUCACGCUUUGCACGAGCAUCUGAAUGAUAGAUCUGCGGUUGAGCGGGCAGGUCUUUCACCCCAGCUUCGGAAAGUCCUAUGCGCCUUGCACACGGACACGCAUUUUCAUGUGGGUGCACAACAAGAUGCCUGCCGCACUUCCUUAGGGACGAGACCUGGAGACUGCUUUGCAGACAUUGUUUUCUCCUUUCUCUGGGCUCGCUUAUUGCAUCGCCUUGAGGCUGAAAUGCAACGAUUGCAGGUCCUGGACAGGGUUCCCUAUGCGGAGGGCCUUCGACAUCCUCUUUGCGGUGAGCCCUCCCUGGAAGAGCAAUCCUUUUUGGGGCCAACUUGGAUGAAUGACACAUGUGUGACCUUUUCCCAACCAUCGCCUGCUGCCCUGGAGCGUGCAGCUGGACAGAUUGGUGGCCUGCUUCUAGGCAUGUGUGAAGAGUUUGCCAUGACGCCAAAUUUAAGCAAAGGGAAAACCGAGCUGAUGUUGGUUUUUCAGGGACGUGGCGCAAAUCAAGCCAAGAUUCGUCACUUUGGUCCCACGGCGUCAGGCACCUUCCCUAUUGUCACUGAGGGAGGUGUGCAUCACAUCAACAUUGUGGCAUCCUAUGUUCAUCUUGGCUGCACGAUUCAUCAUCGGGGAGACUUGCGACGUGAAGUUCGCCGCCGCAUGAGCAUAGCACAUGCUGCUUUCAACCGUCAUCGUCGCCUUCUUUUUCAAAAUCGUGGAUUGAGCAUUGGAAGAAGGAAGGAAUUGUUUAGGACGCUGAUCCUCAGCAAACUCCUUUAUGGAGCAGAAUCCUGGACCCUUCGAGAUGGACGUGACAAACAUUAUUUGCACAGUUCAUUGAUGCGGCUGUAUGGACGCUUGCUUCCUUUUCAAGAUGAUCCUCCCCGCAGUGAUGCUGACAUUUUGGCCGAGACUGGCCUACCAGAACCGUCGACCUUGCUGCGGCUUUGUCGGCUGCGCCAUCUUGGUCAACUCUAUGCGUGUGGAACAACCACGUCGUGGGGCCUCUUCAAUGAAGACACCGAGUGGCAUACACUCAUUUGGAGUGACCUCCAAUGGAUGUGGACGCAAUUGAAGCAUUCGUCCACCCUUCCGGACCCACUUCAAGGUUUUCAACAAUGGGAAUAUUUGAUGCGUUUCCACCGAACCUUCUGGAAAAGGCUGGUCAAAAGAGCAGGAGAACAUGCAAGCGGCCAGUUGCACAACACGCACCUUGUCGCAGACUUCCAUGCGGAAUUCUGCAAAGUUUUGCAUGAUCAUGGUCGGCUUCAUGGAGGACCUCCACAUGCUGAACCUGCGGAAGGCAAUCCCAUUUAUGCAUGUAUGAAGUGCGAGCGAUGUUUCAACAGCAAAGGAGGCUGUGGCGCCCACCUUUUCCGAGCACAUGGCAAGGUCAAUCCAGUCAGACGCUUAUUUGCCACCUCGCAGUGCGGAGCCUGUAUGACUGAGUAUCAUACCUUUGCGAAGCUGAAAACCCACCUUCUUCAUGCUUCAGCCUGCCGACACCUCCUGCAAGCGCAGCGCUACAGAUGGGAACCCGCACCUGGAGCGGGCUCUCAAGUUAACGCUCGUCUUGAAGAACGACAUGAUGGACUACUCCCUCCUCUACGUGUUCACGGUCCUCUUCCAGCACCGCUUCAGGGACGAGCAGAUGAAGACUAUGACCUUGACUUGCUGGAGACCAUCUUCCUGGAGAUCCUUGAUGCUCACACCAUUGAAGACUGUGAACUUAUGAUCCGCAACCUGGCCAAAGACAGGGCUAUGUCUUGGCUUACUUGGCAAGCCACUUUGGACCGCUUUCUGGAAAUCUUCACAGAGGAAGAUGCUGCAGUGUUGCAUGUGACAGGGGCUAACCUUCGAGCACUCCUUCAACGACUGCGGACUCCAUUGGCAUGGGAUUUCCUUGCUCCACACAGGCCUUCUAGGAAGUCUGUGUGGCAGCAGAACAUGGACGUUUUGGAACAGUUUUGCCGGGCGGAGAUCGAAGAGCAACACAACUGUCCGGCAGUCGUGUCGCCCUGCCGUGGUUUCAGCAGAGACCGCUACAUUCUGCAUCUUUUUGCAGGGCGUCGGCGACAAGGUGACUUCCAAUUCUAUGUCGAUGGGUUGCGGCACCUUCAUGGGGAUUUUAACAUCCAGGUCAUUUCCGUGGAUAUUGUCAUCGACCCGAACUGGGGAGAUCUCGCCAAGGAGAAAGUCAGGCGAUUUUGGAUCGAUGCCAUUCUUGCCAGACAAGUUGUCGCCCUAUUGGGCGGCCCGCCCUGUGAAACUUGGUCGAGAGCACGAGGCCGCCCCAUUGAGAAGAUGAGCGUCCCCGACCCACACCAGCGACAUGGACCUCGUGUCGUUAGGAGGUUGGAAGAAACCUGGGGACUGAGUUCUUUGUCCUUGAAAGAACUCCAGCAAAUCACGGUUGGCAACCUACUCAUGGGCUUCCAACUGGUUGCAAUGGCCGCUUUGGCAUGCGUGGGGGGAGUUGCAGCAGUGGAACAUCCUGCCGAACCUCCCGAAGAAGAUGCAGCUUCGAUAUGGCGAACGCCGAUCAUGCAGCUGUUGCUCGCACUGCCUGAGUGUGAAUCUUUUUCCCUGGCACAAGGCCUUUGGGGUGCCCAAUCGUCGAAACCGACGACAUUGGGAGUACUCAACGCGCCACAGCUCAAACUGGAGCUGCACAAAGGCCGUAUCACCAAAGAGGUACCAAGGGGUAUCUCCAUUGGCAAGGACGCUUCUGGCCAGUGGGCUACGGCCCGACUCAAAGAAUAUCCCCCAGCUCUGUGUCUUUCACUGGCCAGGGGUUUCCUUUUUGCCAUUCGCGACUUGCCAAUUGACCCAGAGUGCCAGGUCUCCCUGCAACAUCAAGACAUUUUUGGCCCCCUUGUCUGCACGACAUAUGGCAAGACCUUCGGGCCUGAUUUUGCAGGUUGA